AUGAAUGAAUUAUAAUUCCUUUAAUAUAGAUAUUAAUUGAGAAUAAGAGAAUAAAAGUCAGCAAAAGACUUAUGGCUUUCAACCUAUUGCUGCUUUUUGUAUAUGCUACUAAAAGCAUUCAAUAUUACGGGGAAGAUGGCAAUGGUGCAACUUUAUGAUUUCAUUUAUUCAACCAAUUUUCCAUUAGAUCCUGAUCCAGGACUAGUAAGUUUUGGAAAUAUUUAAUGGUUUUGUUACGAAAUGGCUGCUCCUUUUAGUUUACCUAUGAUUCCAAUGCUCUUAUAAAAAGUGCAGUUCAGAUACAUAUUUUUCUUUUCCUCAUUUGGAUCUAUUUUGUUCAUUUUCCCCCUUUAAUUUGCAACGAUUUGUAAGGAUUCUCAAGUGUCAAUCUGCAAUAUCUAUGUUAUGUGGACUUUUACUAUAGUGUUUUCAUUUAUUUCAGGAUUUAGUAAGACUUUGCUGCUUUUUUCGAUGCUGUAUUAUUUGUCUAAUUUGGCUGGUGGUCGAGAGAAGAUUAUUUACUACAGUUCAUUCUAUUUUAUACAUCAAUUUUAAUGGUUGAUAGGUAGUCUGAUAGGAAAUUUGCUGGUUCAUUUUUGCAGCAGAGGGUCAUUAGUAGAAACAUUAAAGCAUGUUUAUAUUAUAUUGAUAGUCAGUUCUUUGUUUUUAUGUAUGUUAUUCUUAACGAUUCCGGAUGAAAAAAAGAAAUCUAAAUUUAAAAAGUUUAACAAAAUAAUCACCUAAUUGCUCAUUCAAAAUGGAAAGGAGAACCAGAAGGUUUUGAGGUUGGAACUAUAAAAAAUGAAUUAGAAAAACCAAACUAAUUAAUUAUACAAUAAGCUGAUUGAUGGGGAGGCUGAGGCUGAGGCUGAUGAAAAAAAUAAGAUUAAAUAAAUUAUGGAUUCAUAGGUGUAAAUGAUGCAGACUUAACAGUUUUUUACAAUUCAAAGUUUUUCAUAUGAGGAAAAUAAUCUACAGGACAUUCUAUCAGAAAAACCAAAGUCAUCUGAAGAUUUGAAUUGGAUUUAUGCUAGUUAAAAGACAAUAUCAAUUGAGGAAUAUGUCAAAAAUAACUACUUUGGGAAUUUAUAUCUAACCUUAUCUGUUCUAUGUUUAGAUGGAUUCUAUAAUUUCAUAAUAUUGAUUUUCAAUGUUGGAAGUAUGCUGUCCUUUUUAUUGUUGUAAUUGCCUAAUCUAUUGACAAUAAAUUCAGUAUUGGAUCCAGAAGUCAGAGCCGCUACAAUAUAUGAAGGAUUUCUGUAUGUUGGGAUAGGUCAGAUUUUUGGAUGCUUUUAUAUGGGGUUGUUUGGAGACUUCUCUUAAAAAAUUACGUAAGGAAUUUUGUAAUAAAAUAGAGGACUAUAUUAUAUCCUUGGAGUAUAUCAGUUGGGUUGCUUUUUGGCCUGGGGAAUCUACAUCUUUUAAAUAGACUUUUUAAUAUUUUCAAUGUCAUUCAUCUUGGGAUUUACUUGUUCAGCCAUGAUGUCAACUACAAUAUCAUUUUAGAUAGUUUAUUUUCAUAAAUUCAUCUACUCAGUAGAUUUGAUGUAUAUAAUUUUCAGUUUCUCUUUCUCCGUCACCUCCAUAUUAUAUAUUAUUACUAACUUUUUCGGAAAAUUUAAUGGUUUGAUACUGCUAUAGAUUUCAGGGAUAAUGGGAUUAUUAUCCAUUUGGAGGAUACAUAAAAAAUUGAAGGCAAAAUUGAAUAAAUGA